AUGGCUAAACCAGCAGGCAUCGACAAGCUCACCAGCUUGGUGAAUGGCCUGACUCUCGACUCCGUCACCGAGAAAUACCCCCAGGCUCAUCCUGAAAUCAACCCACUUGACCUCUACAGGGCACACCUUAGCAAUGUAUUGGCCGGAAUCUCUGGCGUAGACACUCAAAUCAUAUAUCCCGCCAUCAACUGGACAACCGGUCUCGACAAGGGUGACUUUGUACUGGCUGUUCCGGCGUUGAGGAUCAAGGGCGAGAAGCCAGAUGCUCUCGCUACCAAGUGGGCUGGAGAGUUCCCAGAGGAUGAUGCGUUAUUUGGCAAGCCUACCACCAGUGGUCCUUUCAUGUCAUUCUUCCUCAAGGGAGGCCCACUCUCCAACUCAUUGAUCCCAUUGAUUCGGAACCUUGGCGAGGAAUAUGGUCGUAACCGAUUUAAUGGCUUGAGGGACCCCAAGGACCCAAGCCAGGGCAAAAAGCGCAUUAUCGUUGAGUUCAGCUCUCCCAAUGUUGCCAAGCCUUUCCAUGCCGGCCAUCUUCGAUCAACCAUUAUCGGAAGCUUCUUGGCCAACCUCUAUGAAGGUAGCGGCUGGGAAGUGGUACGAAUGAACUACCUGGGAGACUGGGGUAAGCAGUACGGACUGCUGGCUCUCGCUUACGAGAAAUACGGCAACGAGGAGGCGCUUCAGAAAGACCCCAUUAACCACCUGUUCAACCUCUAUGUGCAAAUAAAUGCCGAAAUGACUGCCGAGAAGGAGUCUAUCGAGGCCCAGAAGAAGGAGGGCAAAGAUGUCACCGAACUUGAAGCCAAGAGCCUUGAUGAGCAAGCUCGUCGGUACUUUAAGCGCAUGACUGAUAGGGAAGAGGACGUGCUCCAGCAGUGGCAGAUCUUCCGAGAUCUGAGUAUUGCUCGAUACAAGGAGACGUACGCCCGACUUAACAUUGCCUUUGACAAGUAUAGCGGUGAGAGUCAGGUUUCCGAGGAGGCCAUGGCAAAGAUUGCCGUAGAGAUGGAAGAGAAGGGCAUUUCCCGAGUAGACAACGGCGCAACGCUCGUUGACUUCACCAAACUGCUUCCUGGUAAAGAAGGAAAGCGGCUUGGUGUUACCGUCAUUCGAAAGAAGGACGGCACCGCCUUGUAUCUCACCCGUGACAUCUGCGAGUUGCUCGGCCGAUAUGAAACCUACAAAUUUGACCACAUGAUUUACGUCGUGGCAAGUGCGCAGGAUCUCCAUCUCAAACAGCUUUUCGAGAUUGUUCAGCAGCUUGGCUACAAGGACAUUGCGAAGCGCUGCCAGCACAUCAACUUCGGCCUGGUUCUGGGUAUGAGCACCAGGAAAGGUACCGUCAAGUUCUUGGACGAUAUCCUGAGGGACUGCGCAGACCACAUGCACGAGACCAUGAAGAAGAACCAGGACAAAUAUGCUCAGGUCGAGAACCCAGUAGCUACGGCUGAUAUCCUCGGUAUUAGCAGUGUCAUGGUUCAGGAUAUGAGUGGAAAGAGGAUCAACAACUACACAUUCAACAUGGAGGCCAUGACCUCGUUUGAGGGCGACACGGGCCCCUACCUGCAGUAUGCCCACUCUCGACUUUGCUCCAUCAAGCGUCGUGCGAACUUGACCGAGGAAGAUCUGUUGAGCGCGGACCUUUCAUUGCUCACUGAGCAGCACGCUACCAAUGUUGUUCGAAUGCUUUCGCAGUGGCCCGAUACCGUUCAGAACACGCUCAAGACUCUGGAGCCCACCACCGUGCUCACUUACCUGUUCAAGAUGUCUCACGCCGUGAGCAGCAGCUACGACCACCUGCAGGUGGUUGGCAGCGAGAAGGAACUGAUGAAGGCCCGAAUGGCGCUGUACGAUGCCGCACGAAUUGUUCUAUCAAACGGAAUGAAGCUGCUUGGCUUGACACCGCUGGAGAGGAUGUAA